AUGUCUGAACCUCCCGCUCCCUCGUUCAGGUUUACGGACUUGCCGGCUGAGCUAGUCGUAUCGAUUAUCUUGUUCGCCCAGACAGCUUGGCACAAGGAGCAAUUCUCCGCGCAAGCACCAUACGCUGGUGUGAAGCGAUACGAGGUACCGCGACCUCCGUCUACGUCGUCCGCCGUACCCCCAUGCUGCAGGGGCGUGACAUGGGAUUUCAGCAGGCCUACCUGCAUACGGUCAUCUGGUCUUCCUCUUCGGUUGCCUUCCCCCGCCCACAGCGCUUCUCAGGUGUGCAGAUGGCUCCGCGGCAUACUGCUGGAGGAGAACUCGGCGAUCUGGCGACUGGACAAUACCCUCUACCCAUCGAUCGCCAAGCGCUCUGGAGAGACCCGCAGCAUCUCAAAUGGACGGACUGCCUUGGAGUAUGGUACCCGCAGCCUAGUGGCGGUCGAUGUCUGCACGUGCAUCCUGCGCAGCCUCCGCUCUUUCUACUGCAGUCUCGAGCGCGUCAAGCUUAGACUGCCCUGGUCCGGCGAUGGGACCCUGGCGUCCGAGCUACAGCAAUUCGUGCGCGACACCAGAUCGCAUGCAGACAGCCGUCUGCGUCAUAUCGACAUCGAGGCUCUGGACGCAGACCCCCUUCACGUUGAGGAUGGUCCACGCCGACGUAUGGUGGCUAUUCAUAUGGUCGGGUUGCUUACCUGUCGCGAAUCUGGCGGCAAUAUCAUCUUUUUCUCAGGCGUUAUGACUUCACUGUCUGUUCACCAAGGUCCCGACGUCGACGUAGUUUUCGGCACAGCACUGUCAGUCGCUCUUUCAGCCUGUGCCAGCACACUGGAGUUCUUGACGAUUGACAUUGCGGCCGGCUUUGUCGCGGAGAUACAGGGCAACCUGACGUUCCCAAGGCUUCGCUACUUCAGGCUUUGCACGCAUCCCACGUUCGGGGCCAUCCUACUAGGUUGGAUGGUGUUGCCCUACUCGCUUGAUCUCCAUCUCGAGCCGGUCGAUUCCUGGAGAGCAUGUUUCACUGAGAAGCAUGAAGGAGUAUAUGAAGUACCUUUUUGGCCAUCGAGGCAUGCGCCUGUAGGGUACUUCAACAACAAUUCUAAGUGGCCUACCAACUUUGCCCGAAGUCUGGCGCAGCCGCACCGGACCGCCAGCAUCCAUAGUCCCGCCGCCCCAACGUAUGCCUUCGACGCUGGCGAUCCAGCAAAAGCCCUGUGGUGGCGGUCGACCUUGGUGAUGGGACUAGAUGUGCGCAUCGAUCCGUCCACGAAGUCACGCGAGCCGGCGGCGGCGCGGUUCCCAGAGCUGGUCAGCAUGACUUUCGCCGAGUCAGUAGACGAGCUCAGACCGGUCUUGGAGGACCCGGUGGCUCGCGAUUGGGAAAGGAGUGGGGACCUAGAGGGCAAGACCGCGGCCAGGCGAUCCCUCACCUUCAGAGACGGGCAGUUCUUUGAGCGAAAACGGGCGCGGGACUUUAAUAGUCAAUAUCCGAAGGCGUUGUACGACACCCUCCGAUACGUACUCGCCGCGGUCCCUGGGCCUUCGACAACAGGCGUGCACGAGCUGGUCUUCGCCAAGGACAGCUGGCUUCCAGAUCGGUCUCUGGGUUAUGAGCACAUCCUAGAGAGAUUCAGAUCUCUUAGGGCACUGCAUUUUGAUAGCCCCGCACUCCCCGCGGACGCGCGGUUCAAGCAGAACAUGGAGGGGCGCUUUGCGUCCGAGCAUCUACAAGCCCUGGCUUUAAGCCUGAACGUUCCGGGCACCGGCGGCGUAUACCUCUGUCCAGUGCUGGAAGAGAUCCAUCUGCAAGUGGCUUUCGAUAGGCUGCGGCAGUGGCUGGCACCCUAUAGCUGGGAAGAAACUUUCAAUUCACCAGGCCAUCUUGCAUCCGGCGCUCACAAGAUUCGCCUGAGUCCCAGAUGCGUCUAG